UUGCUACCAACAGUUCUGCACCUCCUUAUGCUUGGUUAAGUCAGGCGUUUCUGAAAAGCGCGAUGUUUAGCCCUAGAGGAACUUUACCUCAGAGGCCGAGAGGACCUAAUCCAUCUGGCACAAAGCCUCCAGGAUCCUUUAGGGGAGGAGGUGCAGCAGGUCUUCAGAGAAAGCCUGCGCCUGGAACGCCUCAAGGAAUGUCACAAAGAUUUUCGGGACAGGAAACGUUUCAGUGGACAGGUUCGCAGAGGAUAAAUGUUCGGGUAACUCUGCACAGGCCUGAUCCGAGGAAGGUGAAAGAGAAGACGAACCUACACCAGGAGCAGAAGGUAGAGCCUCGCACAAGUCACUGGGAUAGUAGCCCGUGCUCAGCUGGGACAACUGGGCAAAAGCCAUCUGCCUCGGCACGGAUCUCGGAGCAGAAUUCAAAUGCCCAGAACCGCUACACACCAGAAAGUGCUUCCAGUAUUUUAGCGAGUUUUGGGCUGUCUAACGAAGAUUUGGAGGAACUCAGUCGCUAUCCAGAUGAUCAGUUAACGCCUGAAAACAUGCCGCUAAUCUUGAGAGAAAUACGGAUUCGUAAGAUGGGUCAUUCUUUAUCCGGUUUACAUACUCAGAGCCGAGGAGAAGAAACGAUUGGUGGUACGAGUGGUGCAGCAGUCAAGAGUAAAGUGAUUGAUUAUGGACAUGCAAGCAAAUACGGUUACACUGAAGAUCCUCUUGAAGUGCAUGCUUAUAAUCCUGAAGUGCUGACUGAAGAUCCUCUCGAAGCACGCGUCUAUAAUCCCGAAGCAUCGAGCGGAGAGAACAGGGAAGACUUCCAACGAGAGCAGAAUAUGUCCAUGGGUGUCCCACCACCUAGCGUGACGUGUAAUUCGGUGUUUCCAGUUGAAGAUUUAAUAAAACCGACAGGGUUCCAGAAUGAUUCCUCAAACACUCGAUCGUUUUUUCCAGCUGAGACUACGGGCAAGGUGUCCGGAUUGUGCGCAACACCCGCUGGACUCCCCGUGGUGAAAUCUGUAUCCCAGCCGGUGCCGCCUCUUGUCCAGCAGUCGAUGACCCAGCACAUAAUGCCACCGAUGAGCCAGCCACCCUUUUCAGCUGAGCUUCUUGCAGCUGUAAGCCAGCAUGAAAGAAUUCAGCAUGAAUCUGGGACAAGCCAGCCUAACGCCCAGAGCGGCUCAGGAGCAGGACAGAAGCCCUUCCAGACACAGGCUGAGGGGCCAAUUAAAUCUCCUUUUGGUAUUGUGAAAGCAUCGUGGCUUCCAGUGUUUCCACAGUCUGAUGCCCAGAAGAUAAAAAGAUUGCCCACUCCGUCAAUGAUGAAUGACUACUAUGCUACAUCUCCAAGAAUAUUUCCACAUAUGUGUUCUCUGUGUAACAUUGAAUGCACUCAUAUGAAGGACUGGAUUCUGCAUCAGAACACUCCUUCUCAUAUUGAAAGCUGCCGCCAGUUACGUCAACAAUACCCCGACUGGAACCCUGAGUCUCAUUCUUCAAAGAGAAAUGCUGGUGACAGAAAAGAAAACCAGACCCCAAAGCGUCGUUCCAACUCUGCCAGUCCCAGUCCGAGACGUUCGAGGGUCACAGGCUCCAGCUAUGUUCUUCGCCGAUCACGAUCGAGAUCCAGGAGCCCUGGCCGCUUCAGGCCAACAAGGCCAAGAAGUCGAAGCCCGCGGCAGAUGCGACGACUUAGCCCCAGACACAGGUCGAGGUCGCCGCAGCGAUCGAGAAACCCACUGAGGACCAGUCCACGACCUCAGAGAUCUUCCAGUAAUGAUUGGUCAUCGAGGAGGUCAACCCGAUCUCAAGACAGAAAGGCAGCUCUGGAGGCAGUAAUGAAAAGUUUGGGACCUGGCUUUGUAGCAGAGUUCAAUAAACAUAAGUCACUUCAAGCAGCUGGGCAAGGAUCUUCGGGAUCGGGAAAAUCAUCACCUUCUCAUGGACUCUUAAGGAAGAUGCCUGGAAAUACGAAGAAGCCACUGAAAACAAGUGUUUCCCAAAGCCUCAAAGAAAGAUGUGCCUUCUUUGCCUGGGUCAAGUUCUUCAUCUCCUGAAACUAUGAUUUACCCCAAAGCAAAGAAAUGGAAGAGGAUGAGGAAGACUUAUCCACAGGAACCAGUGGACCUCGUCCUACUUCUUAUAAUAGACUGCUGAGAGAAGAAUUGCUGAGUUGUGGGACAGUCCUUCAAAUAUCUGAUUUACCGGAUGAUGGCUUUUCAGAUCAAGAUAUUAAAAAGAUUGUUCAGCCAUUUGGCAAAGUUAGUGAUCUCAUUGUACUUCGCUCUAGAAAUGAGGCCUUCUUGGAAAUGAACUACAAAGAAGCCGUGAUAGCAGCUGUGAAAUAUGGUGAAACUGUUCCAGUGCUGGUAAAUGGGAAGCGGGUGAAAAUAAGUGUAGCGGAGAAGCCAAAAGCAUCUCCUGGCCAGGCCAAAAUGAAUAUCAAAAAAAAGGCUCAGAAUAUUAAAAAAGUUGCACCAAGUACAAAAAAAGAUCAGAACACCACCACUAAGAGAACUAAAUCAAUUACAGGUAAAAAAGAAAGGACUAAGAAAUCAAAGAUGACAGGAGAGAGUAAAAUCAAGAAAACUUCAAAUACUGCGGCAAAAUCUAUAGAUGAAGACCUUCAGGUCUCAACAGAAGCCGAAAUGGAAGCUGGGGAAACUAAGCUGUCAGACCCAAAGAACAUUGCAGAAGGGGACAGACUUACAGAGCCUGUGAAGACGGUAGAGGCUCAGUCCAAAGGAGUGACUAAUCCUGCACCUGUACUAGAGAAACUUGCACAGAUGCCUCAGGUGGCAGUGUUGGACUUGGAUGAGUUUAAUGAAGCUUUAAUUGAUCAAGAAGCUACGAUAACAACUACAAAGAGUGAAGAAUCAACAGAACCAGCUAGCAAGGUCAGUCUAAAGGUGAUUGACUCUGUGCAAGUUGAACUUGAUGAUAUAUGUGUGGUUCUUAUUUCAAACUUGCCUGAGAAAGGAUAUUCUGUUGAGGAAGUUUCCAACCUAGCAAAGCCAUUUGGAGGACUGAGGGAUGUGCUAAUUUUAUCAUCUCAUAAAAAGGCAUAUCUCGAAAUAAACAGAAAAUCUGCAGAUUCCAUGGUUAAAUUUUACACCUGCUUUCCAAUGUCACUGGAUGGAAAUCAGCUCUGCAUCAACAUGGUGCCUCAGUAUAAGACUAUAAAAGAUGAAGAAGCAAUAUUUAUUGCUAUAAUUAAAGAUUCUGACCCUAAGGUAAAUACGGAAACUAUUCAUAAUCAAUUUGUGCAUCUUGGGAACUUGCCAGAUGAUGGAUACAGAGAACUUGAAGCGGUUUGUGUGGGACUUCGAUUUGGAAAAGUAGAUCAUUAUGUUGUACUGAAGAAUAAAAACAAGGCAAUUCUGCAGCUGGAUAGUCCCAAGUCAGCCAGAUCAAUGUACAGCUUCCUGAAGCAAUAUCCCUACAAUAUGGGUGAGCAUACAUUGACCUGUACAUUGUCACCCAAUGGAGAGUCUGCUGAGGCUGAAGUUGUAAAAAAAGAAGUGAAGAAAGAGGACUCAAGCAAAGGAAGCUCUGGCUUGAAAAAAUAUCCAGAGGGAUCAGGAGUGGUGCAAACAGCAGCUGCUAAUCCUCCAGUAGAGCCUAGUGUGGCAAAGAAAGGACCCAUUUCCAUCUCUAAUGUCAAAGACGAGAUGUCAGCAGUACAGAUAGAGCCCUCUGAGUCCCAUCUUGAAAGAGCAGUAAGGGAGUCUGCUGCAAGACUGGCAGAAACGUCUGUGGAGAAGGCGGGCGCUGGAGUCGCAGUUACUGUGGCAUCUAUCAAAUCCGCUGAUACCGAAUCAUCCGAAGCGAAGUCAGAAGAGAUGCUGCUGGUGCCUUCCAGUUUGGAGAAAGAAGAGGCAGUUAAAGAUAAUACUGAACCAGAGUUGUCUGAAUCUGCUGUUGUGUUGGCACCAGAGAAGGAAAUUAAAGAGAAAGAUGAAGAGUUGUCUGCUCCUGCCAUUGAACCACCAGAAGAAUUGUCCGAUGUGGGCAAGGCUGAAGAUGUGCCAUCAGAUUGUGCUGUGAAGCCGGCAGCAGGGAAUACGACGGGGGCUGUCCCUGAAGCGGUGCCCCCUGAUUCUGAUGCAGCUUCAGUAGAGAUGGUGUCAUCUGUUGUCACGCAAACGAACAACAAGUUGGAUGCUCCUGAAAAAAAUCCUGUUUCUGCUGCUGUGAAAACCGAACAUGAAAUGCCUGUAACUCAGAUAACAGAGAAGAAACCUGUACUUAAAACUGGGUCGGCUGUGGAGAAGAAACUGGACAUAACUGGAGCAGAGAGAGAGAUGAAACCAGAAGAGUCUGUGCUCAAAGCUGGAAGAACUGCGGAGGAGAACCCUGAAAAGCUUUUGGUCAAGACUGGGGCAGAGACAGAGAAGAAACUUGAAAAAUUUGUGGCCAAGGUUGGGGCUGCUGUGGAUAAUGCUGCAAAUGCUGUCAAUGAGAACAACGAGGGAAGUUUAAUCAAAGCCCAUCAAAAUAAAGGAACAGGACCAGCAAAAACUGAUGAAACCCGCAAAGCAAUUACGUUAAACUCCUCUUUAUCUGUCAAGGAAUCUUCCUCUGUUGGUAAAACCAUUUUAAAGGCCGUGGUGUCUCUUCCGGAUAUAUCAAAGUCAAGGGUUCCAGUACAGAGAAAUGAGCCUUCCCUGUGCAAAGGAGAGGAGCAGAAAGCUCCCUCGAAACCUGAGACCCGAAGCCAAGCAGCGGUGGAGAAGAAAAUCGCAUCAAAGGAAGAGGGUCAUCCGAGACCUGGUAGCAGCCGAUCAAGCCUGGGAGAUGGCAGCGGCAAAUGUAAAGUGAGCAGAAGUUCUGUUGUUGAUGGAAAGGGAGGCAAUGGGAGGAAUUCAUCUCAGCAAGAGAAGGACUCACGAGUGGAAUCUAGGGCUAGUUCAAAACAGUCUCAAGAGGGAGAGAGUAGAUCAUCCAGCAUGAAGAAAGACAACAGCAGCAAUAAGGCUUCUGUUGGUGGCAAUACUAAAACUUCAAAAGGUGGCACUAGCAGCAGUGCAAAACAAAAGGAGGAAGAAGAGCUGUUUCCCUUUAACCUGGAUGAAUUUGUUACUGUGGAUGAGGUCGUAGAGGAAAUCGAGUCUCCCGUUAAAACACGGCGAAAUCCACCGAGGGGAAAGAGAAAAGAUGGUGCUAAAACCAACUCCUCUUCUGAGCCUAGUUCCAAGAGAAGGAAAGGGAAGAGCUCCGUAGCACGCAUUGCUGAAAGCGAACUCUCUUUUGUCACUUUGGAUGAAAUCGGUGAGGAGGAGGAUGGGGCUGCACAUGACCCGCAGGGCCUGGUUGUAGUGGAUGAAGUGAUUGAAGAGGAAGAACUUAUGUCAGAAGCAGUAAAGGAUCCACAGUUGCUUGUUACUUUGGAUGAGAUAUCUGAACAGGAGGACCUUAGUUCUCAUAAAGACGUCCCUAGGUCAGUUUUUGAGGAGCAGGAUUUGAAAGCUGAGCCCUUGGUAACUGUAGAUGAAAUAGGUGAAGUGGAAGAGCUGCCUCUGAACGAGCCUGCUGACUUGAAUAUUGAGGAUGUGCUGAAACAGAAGGAGGAUGAUAAAGUGACUGCUGAGGAUACUGGAGAUUGUGCUUCCUCCCAGGUGCCCGACGAUCCCAGUGCUUUAGUGACAGUAGAUGAAAUACAAGAGGACAAUGAAGAUAACCCUCUAGUGACUUUGGAUGAAGUUAACGAAGAUGAAGACGAUUAUCUGGCUGAUUUCAAUCGUCUAAAAGAGGAACUAAACUUUGUUACAGUAGAUGAAGUUGGAGAGGAGGAUGAGGAAGAAGAAAAUACUUUCCCAGGGAAAAAUCUGAACGAGGAUGAAGACGAUGAAGAUAUUGUUGCCGUUGCAGGACCAGAAGAAGAAGAAAUUGCUGCCAUUGCAGGACCAGAAGAGGAGGAUAUUGUUGCUGUUGCAGGACCAGAAGAAAUGGAAAUUCUAGGAGAUAUGAGUCCAGAAGAAGAAAUUAUUGCAAUCUCAAAGUCGAAAGUAGAUCAGCUGGGAUCAGGAGACAAAGAACCAGAGUCUAAGCGGAAGAAAACGGCUUCUUCAGAUGUAUCAAAGACGCAGAGUACUCCAAAAGAUUUGGAUUACCUAGUUCCAAAGGCUGGCUUUUUCUGUCAGAUCUGCUCGCUGUUCUACGCCGAUGAAACGUCUGUGAAAAAUCACUGCAAGACACCGCUUCAUCAGCAAAACAUGGAGAAAUUCAUGGCCAAGCAGAAGGAUGAGGAUAAUGAUGGGGAAGAGCGGAGUUCAAGGUGAUCGGAGGAAAGAAGAAUUCUUUCAGUGGAUUAAACUUAGGGUCCAGUCAAUUUUGUGUAUUUUGUUAUGAUUUAAUUUGUAAUUUUGUUUCAGAAACAAGCAUUCAUGUUGUAUAAAUUUGAGCUCAGUAUAGACAGACUAAAAGAAAAAACGUAUGGUGGCUUUGAUUUGUAUAUCAAAUCAUCUGACUUGGAAGAGACUUCUUUUACAAGUGUCGACAUGAAAUAAAUGUUCUUACUGUAUAGUUAACACCA